AUGAGCGGCGAAGAAAACAUCAUCACAUCCAUCAAAACCGAUGAUAACAAUGGCGAUUCCUCUGUUCUCCCUGCCAUUCCCGCUUUAGAUUUUGGGCCAGAGGAUCGUGCUCUUGUUGAGGAUCUUAUGGCAAGUUACUUCAAUAUUAACCUAGCCACAAAACGGACAUUUGAUGUGAAAACACUCUCACCUAAAGUUACCAAACGUGUUCUGUUUCUCAAGGACAUUCAGGUUAAACACGAUGAGCUCGAAAAGAAGUUUCUUGAAGAAAAAGCCGCAUUGGAGGCGGAAUACGAUAGUCUCUACAAGCCGCUUUUCGAUAAGAGGUAUGAAAUAGUGAAUGGUGUGGUUAAAGAUGAAGCAGAGAAAGAAGGAGUGCCUAAUUUCUGGUUGAUUGCGAUGAAAACUAACGAAAUGCUUGCAAACGAGAUAACCGAAAGAGAUGAAGGAGCACUGAAGUAUCUCAAAGACAUAAGAUGCUUUAGAGUUGAAAACAAUUCAAGAAAUUUCAAGCUUGAGUUUCUCUUUGAUCCUAAUCCUUACUUCAAGAACACGGUUUUAUUUAAAACUUACCAUGUCACCGAUGACGAUGGACCUGUUCUUGAUAAAGUGAUUGGAACGGACAUAGAAUGGUGUCCAGGUAAAUGUUUGACUCAUAAAGUUGUUGUAAAGAAGAGGCCAAAGAAAGGGUCUAAGAAGGUCAAUAACAUCCCCAUGACUAAAACCGAAAACUGCGAGAGUUUCUUCAACUUCUUCAAACCGCCUGAAGUUCCUGAGAUUGAUGAAGUUGACGAUUACGAUGAUUUUGAUACUGACAUGACUGAAGAACUCCAAAACCUGAUGGAUCAAGACUACGACAUCGCUGUGACAAUCAGAGACAAACUGAUCCCUCAUGCAGUUUCAUGGUUUACUGGUGAGGCUCUUGUUGAUGAAGACGAAUUUGAUUAUGAGGACGAGAAGACUGUCUAA